GCUAAACCAUUGAAGAAGCAUAAUGGACAAGAGAGAAACCUCACCAAGUUGUCUUGAAACUCAUUUUGUUGACAUCCAUGAAAUCCCUGAAGAUGAAGAAGGAACAAGUAAAUUGACUGAUAAACCAGAGAAGCGAUUCAAUAAGCACAAUAAGUUCCGGGAUUCGAAGAGACCACACAGGAGUUUCAGCCGGCAAGUCUCACUGGAAACUGGCUUUUCAGUGCUCAAUGCAGAGUCCAAAGCCAAAGAUGAGAGGAGGGUACUUUCAAGAAGUGGGACAAGUUUGGGAGGAUUCGGAUCGGUUCAGAGAAUGGGAGCGGAUGGAAGGAAAGGAGAUUUCAGUAUCUUUAGAACAAAAUCUACCCUUGGUAAGCAGAAUUCACUGUUGCCUCAGAGGAAGGAGAAUGAGAUGGAAUACUCCCAGAAAAAUGAUGGCACUGGAGGGCUUGAUGAUGAGUCUGUUAACAGAAGUGUUCCUGCUGGAAGAUACUUCGCUGCUCUAAGAGGACCUGAACUAGAUCAAGUCAAGGACUAUGAAGACAUUCUUCUCCCAAAGGAUGAGAAAUGGCCGUUCCUUCUUCGUUUCCCAAUCGGUUGCUUUGGUAUCUGCUUAGGUCUCAGCAGCCAAGCCAUCCUGUGGCGUGCCCUCGCCACAAGUCCAGCCACCAAAUUCCUCCAUAUCACACCUUUCAUCAACCUCGCACUCUGGCUCUUAGCCCUGGCAGUCCAUCUCUCCGUGUCCACCACCUAUUUGUUCAAAUGCCUCUUCUACUUCGAAGCUGUGAAGAGAGAAUACUUCCACCCAGUCAGAGUCAACUUCUUCUUCGCCCCAUGGAUUGUCUGCAUGUUCUUAGCCAUCGGAGUACCACCCAUUAUAGCACCCAAAACCCUUCACCCAGCCAUUUGGUGCGCCUUUAUGACACCCGUUUUCAUUCUCGAGCUCAAGAUCUAUGGUCAAUGGCUUUCCGGCGGAAAACGACGGCUUUCAAAGGUGGCCAACCCAUCUUCACAUCUCUCGGUAGUCGGAAACUUCGUCGGAUCUAUUUUGGCUUCCAUGGUGGGGUGGAAAGAGGUUGCUAAGUUCCUGUGGUCGGUGGGUUUUGCGCACUAUCUGGUGGUGUUUGUGACUUUGUAUCAGAGAUUGCCGACGAGUGAAGCGCUGCCUAAGGAGCUACACCCUGUGUACUCCAUGUUCAUUGCAGCUCCAUCUGCGGCAAGCAUUGCUUGGGAAACCAUCUAUGGUGAGUUUGAUGGGUUGUCGAGAACUUGCUACUUCAUUGCAUUGUUUCUCUAUAUUUCGCUGGUCGUCCGAAUCAACUUCUUUUGGGGUUUCAGGUUUUCAGUUGCAUGGUGGUCUUAUACCUUCCCCAUGACUACUGCAUCAUUGGCAACCAUCAAGUAUGCAGAGCAGGUUCCUUGUAUUAUAACCAAGGCUCUUGCACUAACUCUUUCAUUCAUGUCAUCGACAAUGGUGUCUGUAUUAUUCAUCUCAACACUUCUUCAUGCCUUUGUUUGGCACACAUUGCUCCCCAAUGAUCUUGCUAUAGCCAUAACCAAGAGAAGACUUUGCAAGGAGAAGAAACACAUCAGAAAACCUUACGAUAUAAGGCGUUGGACAAAGCAAUCUCCUCUCUCCUUUGUUUCAAUUACGAGAAAGAACAGUCCAGUGAACAAGGAUUCCGAUGGAGAGAAAGAAAUCGGAUACUGAACUUAUAUAAGUAAAGCAUUUCUUUUCCUCCAAUAUAAACCAUCUGCAGGAGCCACUGCAUAAUACUAAUAGCAUUCGAGAUAUUAAGAUGGUAUAAAAAGCUAGAGAUCUACUUUUGCUGCCUGUCGUAAAAUUUCUCGUUGAAUUUUCU